GCAGUGCCGGUGCCCUCCCAGGCUGGUGCUGGCUGCCGAUGAGACCACCUGCCUGCCCCUCCGUGAUUCGGCCUUUGCUCUCCUGGUGUCACCAGCAGCUGUGGCACAGGUCUACCUGAAGGACCUGCCUGCAACAUCUGGAUCCCAAGAGCUUCCCCUGCACCGGGCCCUGCCCUUGGCCAAGGUGGGCCACCUGACAGCCAUCGACUACGCAGUGAAAGACAAGAGUUUGUACUUUGCAGAGGUGGGAGGCAACUCCAUCGGACUGCUGCGCCUGAAGGACUGGAGACGGCUGUCCUGGAAGAAGGCAGUAGCUGUGGAGGGCACGGUGACAUCCCUGGCCUUGGACUGGCUGAGUGGGAACCUGUACUGGAUCAGGGGGCAGCCGCCCAGCAUCCAUGUGGCAGCUCCUGGGGGGCGGUGGACCCUGGCACUACUCAGUGAGGGGCUGCAGGGCGCUGCCUGGCUGGCACUGUGCCCUCGUGCCUCCACCAUGUGCUUUAUCACAGCAGCUGGCAGCCAUGGGCCCGGUGCCACAGUGGAGUGUGCAGCCAUGGAUGGCACUGGCCGCAGAGCGGUCUGGAGGAGAGCUCGGGCUCCCACUGGCCUCACCUUUGGGGCUGCUGGCACCAGGCUGUACUGGGCAGACCACGAGAGAGGUACCAUCAGCAGUGUCGAGCUGGAUGGAUCCCACUUUCGGGUGGUGCGGGAAGGGCUGCAUGGUCUCUCACUGUUUGCCAUAGGAGAAGGCUUUCUGCUCUGGAGCACGACCUCAACCAAUGGAUCCAGCAAGAUCUGGCACAGCCGGCUGGAGCGGGCUGAGAGGUGGUGGUUCGCAAUGGAGAAGGAUUUGGUAGCCAUGAGGAUUUACAGCCAGUUCUCACAGGAAGGCACCAAUGCCUGUGCAAAGAGCAACGGGGGCUGUGCCCAGCUCUGCCUGCCCAACCCUGCAGGGCGGCAGUGCCGCUGCUCUCACGGUUACCACCUCGUGCGUGGAGCAGCAUGUGCACCAGCAUUGUCCUGCCCUGCCACGCUCCAGCCCUGCUCUGAUCUCCAGAGCUGCAUCUCUGGAGAACAGGUCUGUGACGGGCGCUCUGACUGCGCUGACGGCGCCGAUGAGUCUGACUGCCCCUCCCAGCAGGUGGGGACGCAAGUCCCCGCAGUGUCACCAUCAGGAAUGUCCCACGUGGAAGAACAGAAACCAGCCUCACCCGCAACUGCACUGCAGCCUCGGCAGCCCAGCCCCAGCCCACCCGCAGCCCCUGGACCCCGUGAGCACGGAGAGCCCUUCCUGGUACCCCCCAGCACGGAGGAGGUGCUGAGGGCUGUGCCGUGCAGCAGCGAGACGUGCAACCUGCGCGGGGACUGCGCCAUCGAGGCCGGGCGAGUGACGUGCCAUUGCGCCCUGGGCUAUCGUGGCGACUACUGCGAGGAAGCAGAGGUGCAGCCCCUCGCAGGACCCAUCGUCCUGGGCGUGGCCGUUCUCCUCCUGCUCGCUGCUGCUGCUGUGGGGGCCCUGGCCUACAUGCGGAGGCGGGACAGGCGGAGGAGGACCUCAAGCACUGCUUCUACCCGGGUGCUGACCUUGUACCACCGUGAAAGUGACCCCGAGGAAGAGGAUGAGGAAGAGGAGGAAGAAGAGCUUCCCCCCAAGAGUGAUACAUUUGUGAAUGAAGCUUACGAUGGGAAAGAGGAGCUGCCAGCCCUGCCAAGGAAGGGACCAUCUCACCCCAACACUGUAUUUUCAUAAAGGAAUGUUGUGCAGCA